UGUAUGUACAGCGCCAGAUCAGUUUAUGGUGUGUUGUAUAGUUGUAUGAAUCACUCAUCAAAUUUUUGCAUCAAAAAAGUAACGUUCAUACAAUAAAAUUACGUAUUUUGUAGUGUUUUUCUGACAUCUGCAACACGGAUGACAACAAUGGUGAACUCGUAGCGACUUUAGGACCAAAUUUAGCACUUUAUUCUGCUCAUAGCUGGUAAGGUUAAUCAAAAUUAAUCAUAAAAGGAAUUAGAAGCUUUGAAGAGCCCUCUUUUUACUGAAGCACCAUCUGCCAAAGAGGGCAGUUUGUUAUUCAACUUGUUACAAACUCUUACAACUUAAUGAAUGUCUGAGAGUGAUUACGAUUGUGCUGACGAAUAUACCAGCCUUAUGGACGGUCACGUUGCAGCUGAGACUAAUCGCACAGCUAGUGCACCUCUGGCUACCAAACGUAAAAAAACAGGUUCAAAAGUUGCCAGUAGUAUCGAGAUGGAAAAUGGAAUUCCUGAAGUUCACAUCGAAGAUGGUAGCAGUAGGACUAGAAGAGAACAUCCAGAUCCAGAUCCUCCAGGAAACCCAGUAGAUCAUAACGAUCAAGAUGAGGUAGAAGAAGAGCUAAAGUAUGGAGCAGUUCACGUUAUAAAACUAUUUGUUCCUGUUUCUUUAUGUAUGCUGGUAGUUGUAGCUACCAUUAGUUCUAUUGGUUUUUAUACCACUAAAGGAGUGUAUCUAGUGUAUACGCCGUUCCAUGAAGAAACUAAUGAUUCAGGCACCAAAGCUUGGCAAGCUGUUGCUAAUUCAUUGAUAUUGAUGGCUGUAGUAGUUUUCAUGACUGUGAUAUUAAUUGUUUUGUACAAAUAUAGAUUUUACAAAACUAUUCAUGCCUGGUUGAUCAUUAGUUCAUUGAUAUUACUAUUUUUGUUCACAUCGUUAUAUUGCGAGGAAGUGUUAAAAGCAUAUAACAUACCAAUGGACAUUAUAACUCUAGCUAUUGGAUUAUGGAAUUUUGGUGUUGUUGGCAUGGUGUGCAUCCAUUGGCAAGGUCCAUUAUCUUUACAACAGGCAUAUCUGAUUUUUAUAGCUGCUUUGAUGGCUCUUGUUUUUAUCAAAUAUUUACCUGAAUGGACAGCAUGGGCUGUUUUAGCAGUUAUCAGUAUAUGGGAUUUAAUAGCAGUCUUGACACCGAAAGGUCCAUUGAGAAUAUUAGUUGAGACUGCACAGGAACGAAACGAAUCAAUUUUCCCUGCAUUGAUUUACUCUUCGACAGUCAUGUAUGCUUUCACAAUGAAUUUUACGGGAUAUGUAGCAGCAGCCACAAUGGCUAAUGGCGAUACUGCUGCUGGUGAUAGCAUUUCCUCACCCGCUAGAGUACAACCGCAAACUCAGCGUAGUUCUGUGUCUAGUGACACCGAAGAGGCUGAUCGCAGUGCUCGCAGAGCUCAAGAAGUAAGAGAAAAUGCUCAAACAAAUUCAAGAGGAUCAGCAGAAGUUAACGGUGCAUCACAGCAGGCUAAUCAACAACAGAUGAUGAUGAUGCAAGAAGAAAGAGGAGUCAAACUUGGAUUGGGAGAUUUCAUCUUUUAUGGUGUUCUUGUUGGCAAAGCUUCGAGUUACGGUGAUUGGAAUACAACUCUAGCCUGCUUUGUUGCUAUAUUGAUUGGAUUGUGUUUAACGUUGUUAUUAUUGGCCAUUUUCAAAAAAGCUCUGCCAGCUUUACCAAUUUCCAUUGCCUUUGGUUUAAUAUUCUACUUUGCAACACGCGUGAUUGUUGCGCCUUUUGCAGAUAGUCUGGCUAGUGAACAAAUAUUUAUUUAACUUUUUUUUACUAAAACAAAGCUCUUACUUGCUGCGAAUUUUUUUAAAUUUAAUAUUACAAAGACUUGCAGUACCGAUAAUCUAGUAUUUAAGAGUGCUCUAUCUACGAUAAACGAACUUUUUUUAUUCCAAUAAAAUGAAGAUAUUUUGAAGACUGUCUCUUCCAUUGUAAAAUCUAUAACUUAAAUCUUUAGAAUUGUAAAAUAAUAUCGGAAGAAAUUAAUAAUAUCUUAUUAUACGCUUGUAAAAUAUGAACUUAAAAUAAACUCAGUUAUAGACGUUUUUACAAGAAAA